AUGUUCACCCACCAGCCCACCUGGGACGACUGUCAGCAGCUCCUCUGCAUCCUGUUCACCACAGAGGAGCAAGAGAGGAUCCAAUUAGAAGCAAGAAAGCUGGUUCCCGGAGACGACAGUCGGCCGACAUCUAACCCUGACCUCAUUAAUGCGGCUUUCCCCUUAACCAGACCUCCACAGGACGAAUGGGACUACAACACGGCAGAAGGUAGGGGAAGGCUACUCAUUUAUUGCCAGACUCUGAUGGCGGGUCUCCGGGCUGCAGCUUGCAAGCCCACCAAUUUGGCUAAGGGAGGAUGGGGUUCAGAUCCCCUCCCCGAACCUAGGAUAACAUUGCAAGUGGAGGGGACCCCGGUCCAGUUCCUAGUUGAUACUGGGACACAGCACUCAGUUCUGGUCAAGCCCCAUGGAAAAGUAUCUGAAAAAUCAUCCUGGGUACAAGGGGCCACCAGAAUAAAGAAGUACCCCUGGACAACUCAGAGGACUGUGGACUUAGGAACUGGGAAGGUAACCCACUCCUUCCUGGUCAUUCCCGACAGCCCCUGCCCCCUGUUGGGGAGGGAUUUGCUUACCAAAAUGGGGGCCCAAAUUCAUUUCCAACCAGGGGGGCCCACAGUGGCUGACUUCCACAACCAACCCAUAUCUGUACUCACUGUGAAACUAGAAGAUGAAUAUAGGCUCCAUCAGGAACCCACUCCUCUGGAUCAGGGCAUCGAGCCCUGGCUUCAACGCUUCCCAGACGCGUGGGCAGAAACGGGUGGUAUGGGGUUAGCAAAACAUCGCCCAGCCCUAUUUAUAGAGGUUAAGCCCGGGACGGACCCCGUCCGCAUGCGCCAAUACCCUAUGCCCACGGAAGCCAAAAACGACAUCACACCCCACAUCUGCCACCUCCUUGACUUUGCGGUCCUACGCACCUGCCACUCAGCAUGGAAUACCCCCCUGCUGCCUGUGCGCAAACCCAACAGCGGGGAAUACAGAGCAGUGCAGGACCUGAGAGAAGUCAAUAAGCGGGUGAUGGACAUACAUCCAACCGUUCCUAACCCCUAUACUCUCCUGAGCGCCCUCAGCCCAGAAAAACAAUGGUAUACUGUUCUGGAUCUAAAAGAUGCUUUUUUCAGCCUACCACUAGCGCCUAAAAGUCAAGAGCUAUUUGCAUUCUAGUGGACAGAUCCAGGGGGCAUAAAUGGCCAGCUCACUUGGACCAGACUGCCACAAGGAUUCAAGAACUCUCCAACCCUGUUCGACGAGGCUCUACACGAAGAUUUAAGGGAGUACAGACAACAACACCCUAAUAUAACUCUCCUACGAUAUGUUGAUGAUCUCUUAAUAGCUGCCGAGACACCCAAAACCUGCAUCCAGGGAACCAAAGGUCUCCUGCGAACUCUGGGAACCUGA